CGCGAGGGGGAGCAGACAGGAUGCACGCGGAGACAGUGGGGCUGAUAAAAGGAUAAAACAACCGAGAAACAUCAAGCUAGCGCUGUACAACGUAUGCGAAAUAAACAUUAGCUCAUCACGUUAUAGUCAUUUAGAGAGCAUUAGCCCCGAAAACGCAGAGAAAUACACACACAGGUCUGAUACAAAGGAGUAAAAACACAGAUAGCAGCUCUGGUCAACACAUACAACACGGUCUUUCUGUCCAACUUCUUCUCUCCACUCCGGCUGAUGUGGACUGAUUCAGAGCUGGGCCAUCAUGAUGCCAAUGAACUUUCUGGUCACUCAUUGGCUGACCAACUUAAUACCAGCAGCAUCAUGUCGGUCAACCCUCCAAGCAGCAAUGACGCCUGCCUCAGCAUCGUCCACAGCCUCAUGUGCCACCGGCAGGGUGGCGAGAACGAGGGCUUUGCCAAGCGGGCCAUCGAGAGCCUGGUGAAGAAGCUGAAGGAGAAGAAAGACGAGCUGGACUCGCUCAUCACCGCCAUUACCACCAAUGGUGUCCAUCCCAGCAAGUGUGUCACCAUCCAGAGGACGCUGGACGGACGGCUGCAGGUGGCGGGCAGGAAAGGUUUUCCUCACGUCAUUUAUGCACGGCUGUGGCGCUGGCCUGACCUCCACAAAAAUGAACUCAAGCACGUCAAGUUCUGCCAGUACGCCUUUGACCUGAAGUACGACAAUGUGUGUGUCAACCCCUACCAUUAUGAGAGGGUGGUGUCACCAGGCAUCGUUGGUCUCAGCCUUCAAAAUACAGCAGCACCAGGCGCCCUGAUCAAAGAGGAAUACAUCCAUGACUGUAUACAGAUGGACCUCCCACCUGGCAUGCCUCUGUCUGACCACCAAGCAGCCCUGAAGCUUCCUCCCCCAGAACACUAUGGCCAGCCCCUGCCUCCCCCACAGCUGUCCUCAGAGCCUCAUGGACCCCCACCUGUCACCAGAUACACUAACCUGCCUGUCUCACCCAAAGUGACUGGCUCUGGCCCCAUGCUACCACUGCAGGGCGGUCUCGGUGACGGCCGUCUCCAAACUGCAUCUCCACAGGCUCAAGUCAUGACCCCGGCACCAAGACCCCCGAGCCCGACACAACCCCCUCCUCAGCAACAGGCUGCCCAGCAAUCCUCACAGGCCCCCCACCCCCAACAACCUUCCCUACCUCCUUCUCACUCGCACGGACAGAACGGAUACAGCAGCAAUAAACACUCUCAGAGCCAGGCUGCCUUCCACACAGUUUGGACAGGCAGCAGCACAGCCUCCUACACUCCUGUAGGACCCCAGCAGAAUGGUCGUGCUCACCCACAACCUCCACUGCAUCAUCCAAACCACCACUGGUCACAGCACCACGGCUCAACCUCUUUCCCUCCGUCUGUGUCCAACCAUCCAGGACCAGAGUUUUGGUGCUCUAUCUCCUACUUCGAAAUGGACGUUCAGGUGGGUGAGAUGUUCAAGGUGCCCUCCAGCUGCCCUGUAGUAACCGUGGACGGUUAUGUUGACCCGUCAGGAGGCGAUCGCUUCUGCCUCGGCCAGCUGAGUAACGUCCACCGCACAGAUGCAAGUGAGAGAGCCAGGUUGCACAUAGGUAAAGGCGUGCAGCUGGAGUGUCGUGGUGAGGGUGAUGUGUGGAUGCGCUGUAUGAGCGACCACGCUGUGUUUGUACAGAGCUACUACCUCGACAGGGAGGCAGGCCGAGCGCCAGGUGAUGCAGUGCACAAGAUCUACCCCGGAGCCUACAUCAAGGUGUUUGACCUGCGGCAGUGCCACAGACAGAUGCAGCAGCAGGCAGCAACCGCUCAGGCGGCUGCUGCUGCACAGGCAGCUGCUGUGGCAGGAAAUAUUCCCGGUCCAGGCAGCGUCGGAGGCAUCGCACCUGCAGUUAGUCUGUCAGCAGCAGCAGGGAUCGGCGUGGAUGACCUAAGGCGCCUGUGUAUCCUGCGGCUCAGCUUCGUGAAGGGCUGGGGACCCGACUACCCCCGGCAGAGCAUCAAACACACGCCCUGCUGGGUGGAGGUCCACUUGCACCGCGCUCUGCAGCUUCUGGAUGAGGUGUUGCACACUAUGCCACUAGCAGACCCAGGGCCUGCUAACUGAGGACCAAGACCAUGUUCGAAAUUCCAAUCUGGAUUCUCUGAAUGUGCACACACACACACACACACACACACACACACAACGCACACACACACAAGUUGCCAAAUAUGCCAAUUGAUACACAAAGCAAAUCAAGGGAACGUAAAUGACCAACAACACAUUAUGCUUGUAACAAUCACUCACUCAUGCUGCCUCACAGAUAAACACACACUCUGCAACCAAAAUGUCUGUAGCCACACAGACAUAAAAGUGCUGUUUUUUUCUAAUGCUUUACUCUACAAUCUAAAGUCAAACACCCAAGGGAGUUGGAGCUCUGAAGGUUAAAAUUCUGACCAACUUGUCUUUUACCUAAAGACAUUUGUAUGCACUGUAGAAAUCCAGGGAUGUGUUACACAAAUCCAGUUCCCCUAUAUGCAAUUUGGACUUCCUCUAAGUGUAGGAGCGUUCUGCACAUUUAUUCAUGGGAUAUACACAGACACGUACAAAUCCUGCACGAACACAAGUUAUCCACAAGUGAAAACCACUCCAGAAAGAGAACCGCAUACCUCUGGAAAAUGCUGUUGGUAAAUUCACACUGAACACAAACAGCAUUACCGUUCUCUUAUCAAAAACUGAACUGAUGUAGAAGUAUGAAUUAAGGGAACCAGUGUUAGGUCAUCUCUGUGCUUGUACUGCGCUCUUCACUGUACGUUGAUCUAACUGUUAGCAAUCGAUAGCUGGUUAGCUCUCUUAUUACGCUCAGCUCAAGCUAUAUUAUUUUUGUACCAAAAGACUAAAAAGCCAAAAACAUCUAGCUUUAAAGUAUUGUUGUUGUUCUUUGUAAUGAAACAGUGCUACCCUGUAUGUAACCAAAUGGUUGGUGUGAAUCACCAAAGCCAAAAUACCUCAUAACUACAGUGCAAAGUCACAGUUAAGUUUUCCGCCAAAUGCGCACACACACUCAUCACUUACAGGCUGAAGUCAAUCAAUGCAGCCCUCUGAUAGGAUCCGGACUCUCACUACGCUUUGUAUUUAUUUAGGUUUAUAACGUACCGUGCUGUGAUGUGCAGUAGCAGUACUAGAUAAGUUGAGCAAUAUGUGGAACAUUAGUUAAACUCUACAGUUCUGACAGCAGAAACAAGGUGACAGUAACUUGAUUCAUGGAGAACAACCAUCGUAAGCUUCAAAGACAGAAACAUCUCUGUUCUCUGGUCUGAUUGUUGAGGAUAUUAUCUCCUACUGUGCAUUCACUCCCGACGGGCACUAAGAAGUUUAUCUGAACUCUGGGUUGUUGUCUUUAUUACCUCCAGAACCCUGUUUGGUAACUCUAAAUGUGAAUUUGGUUGUUCAUUAAACUUUGGCUAAGAACUGUUUUUACUGUGCGCAAACGAUGAAAUGGUGAUUAAUAAUGUUUACUUAAUUAGGAAUGCUAUUACUUUAUUUUAUUUAAACAGUAUAUGGACCGCCACAGGGACGAUAUUUUUCUGUAGGCCAA